AUGAGCUACAAAAGAUUUUUGUUUUUGUGUCGCUGCCUCAGAUUUGACGAUCGCGAAACUAGAGCUGAAAGACGGAUGAUUGAUAAACUGGCUCCUAUUCGUACUACGUUUGACCUUUUCUUGAAAAAUAUCAAUCAGAAUUAUAAUUUGAGUGAAUAUACUACUAUUGACGAAAUGUUACACCCAUUUCGUGGUCGGUGUCAAUGGAUACAGUAUAUCCCAAGUAAACCGGCCAAAUAUGGCAUCAAAAUGUUUGCAUUAUGUGAUGCAAAAACAUUUUACACGAGUAAAAUAGAGAUUUAUGUUGGAAAACAACCACCUGGUCCGUAUGAGGUUUCUAAUUCACCAAUUGAUAUCGUGAAACGAUUAGUAACACCCAUCGAAAACUCUAAACGAAAUCUUACCACUGACAACUGGUAUACCAGUAUUCCACUUGCAGAUUACUUAUUACAAAAAAAAAUUACUCUAACUGGAACUUUGAAAAAAAACAAGCGAGAAAUACCUACAGAAUUUUUACCAGAUAAAAAAAAAGAAGUUGGUUCGAGCGUGUUCGGGUUUCAAAAAAAUAAAACAUUAGUGUCAUACGUACCACGAAAAAACAAGGCAGUUAUUUUGCUUUCAACUAUGCACCAUGAUUCAAAAAUUGAUGUAGAAACUCGUAAACCAGAAAUAAUUAUGGAUUAUAAUUGUACCAAAGGUGGAGUUGAUACAGUAGAUAAAAUGUGUGCGGCAUAUUCUGUCUCUAGAAUUACAAAAAGGUGGCCACUUGUAAUUUUUUAUUCUUUGAUGAAUAUUGCUGGAAUAAAUGCUCAGGUACUGUUUUCAUACUCUAAACAUAACAAUGCCCCUAAAAUGAGAAGAUUAUUUUUGAAAACAUUGGCAUUUGAUCUAAUGAAGGAACAUCUUGCUUCUCGAGCUCAAAUCUCAAGUUUACCAUCGGACAUAUCAUCUUUUUUGAAAAUAAAAUAUGCUGUUCCAAGUACAUCAGAUGUAUCUACAACCCCCCCUUCAAAACGAGGAACUUGCUUCGAAUGUGGGAGAAAAAAAAAUGCGGCUACAUCUAUGAAGUGCACCAAGUGUAUGCGAUUUAUAUGUAAGCUACAUUCAAAAAAAAUUAUUAUUUGUGAAAAGUGUUCUAAUAACGAUGACAAUGACAAUUCUGAAUAA